AAACAAUGCGAAUCCUUUUUAAAAUAUUGUAUGGACAUUUUUGAAUACUAGUGUUUUUUAUAUCAGCAGAGAAUUAUCAUUAUGCUGAUGAUUAGUGAAACGGUCCAAAAUAACAUCGAAAAUUAGCAGAUUUAUGAAGUAUAACUAAUUAAAAAAAUGACUCAAUCUAUCGAUGUGAAGUCCAUCCCAGUGGAAAAGAUCAUUCCUUCGAAAAAAGAUAGAGUUAAUUUCUCUUAUUAUGUCGCUGCAUCUGUUAACAUGAUGACGAUUCUAGCAGGAAUAGGAUACGCUUGGUCAUCUCCGUGCAUCUCAAAGUUAACUGACAAAGUAGGCAGUGAGUUCAACCCGCUUCCGAAACCUGCGACUUUAUCUGAGAUAACCUGGAUAACAUCUUUACAUUGUUUAGGAGCUAUUUCCGGACCACUGUUUACCGGAAUAAUUGCAAACAAAUUGGGAAAGAAAAAAACUAUCAUCUUAUUUGCCUUGCCGCAAAUAAUAUCUAAUAUCAUUUUGAUAUUUGCUAAUAAUGUGACCCAUUUUUACGUUGCUCGAUUUUUAUUGGGUAUAGGUACAGGAUGUGUUUUUUCUUUGAUACCAGUAUACGUAGCUGAAAUGUCUCAUCCUAAAUACCGAGGCAGAACGAGCAUGUUUUUAUCUUUAACUAUCACUUGUACUCAAGACUUCGUGUUCAUCGUUGGACCUUAUGUCACAAUACGAACUCUGGCCAUUAUAUCAUUGGUACCAUCAGUCAUUUUUUUCCCAACUUUUUCAUUACUCAUGCCAGAAAGUCCAUACGAUUAUGUUAGACAAGAUAAUAUAUCGAAAGCUCAUCAAGCAUUAAUUAAAGUUGCACAACAUAGUAAUGUAGAUGAUGAACUUAAUAGUAUUAUCAAAUCAGUUUCGAGUAAAAAUGGUAAAUUCAAACUAUCGGAUGCAUUGUUUUCUAGAUCAGUUCAAAAAAGUUUCUUAAUAGGUUUUGGGCUCAUGUUUUUUCAACAAUUUAAUGGUACUAACGCACUGAAUUCCUAUCAGCAAUCCAUAUUAUCUGCAACCAAGUCAUCAAUUCCCGCAGAUAAAUCAGUUAUGAUUGUAGGAGCUGCUCAAUUAUUGGUGUUAUUUUUUGUUUCAAAAUUAGUUGACGGAUGGGGAAGGAAAAAAUUAUUAUUAGUUUCUUACAUCGGUCAAUUCAUUUCUUUGGUCAGUUUUGGAAUCUAUUUUCACUUACAGAAUCUAAAUAUGGAUAUAAGCUUUUUGUUUUGGUUACCUCUCACGAGCAUUUUGUUAUUUAUGUUCAGUUUUAAAAUAGGUGCUGGACCGGUAUCAUGGAUUAUAGUUGGUGAGAUAUUUCCAACAGAGUACAAAUUUUUUCUGAGUCCGCUCAUAGCUUUUUGUAUGACUUUUAUGAGUUUUCUAGUCACAUUUAUUUUCCCAAAGUUUUCCCAUAUAUUUGGAUUUGAAUACUCUUUCUGGUUUUUCUCUGUAGUAGUUGCUUGUGCAAUUCCGUUCGUAUUUUUCAUUGUACCAGAAACGAAAGGACAAACUUUAGAAGAAAUUCAGAAAAAUUUUUAGCAGGAAUAAAUACUACAAUUUAAA